GCACGCGGAUUAUCAUCAACCAGCUGAUAAACCACUUCAUAUCUGUUUUUUGUUUGCAGAGUUCAGAGUUGUAUUGGAUUAUAAUCAAGCUAACCGCACGUGUUUUUGUGGUAGCGGUACGUUCAGACUGUUACGUUAACUUACGUGAUGUUUCCAUUCUCAUAACGCAUCGAUUGCUUGUAGGCAGUUUGCCGUCAUGUCGAGUUUAUAGACGUUUUCUCUUUAUUAAUCAACUAAACGUUGUAAUUGUUAUGAUUGGAGUAGAACAACCAACGAUAGGUUGCAAUUAUUGACAUGUUAGUUCGCCAACAAAUUCAUAUCUUGUAUUAUCAAUAUCUUCGGCUUACGGUUUAGUGAGAAUCCGUUGAUUUUUUUUUAAACAACGGCAGCACACGUCAUAUUAACUUACUGCGUACGACGUAAGUUAACGUUUGUUAAAAUAGUUUGUAAAACAGCACAAGUGAUCAAAGAUAAACAUAAUUGGCAUACUUUACAUAGUAUACUCACAUUGUACACUGCAGAAAAGCCCAGUUAUGUUGUCUUCCAGCAGCUCGGCAGGGUGCCAGAGCCAACUGUAUAAUGCCAUACGUUCAUAUCUGCACAAUCAGAACAGAGAACAGCCCAUCAUUGGUCUGAACUCCAUCACUGAGGUGUUGACGCACUGUCAGCCUGCACUGUACUUUUGUGAUGUCUGCUUUUUGAGAAUAACCAAGCCUGACAUCAGAAACCACAUCAUGGGCAGCAUUCACAGAUACAAUUACAUUAAAUAUCACCAUGCAUGUGGGUGGAGAGCUUACACAGACCUGAGUCUUCUGGCUCGGCCUCUCAUGGAUAUCGCAAAAAUGGUUGAAAAGAGGGAGGGAACAGGUGAUGUACAGGUUUUGUGUGUGGAUGAAGUAAUCUACAACAUGAUGACAUCAUUGCCUGUCACUGAUGCUUUUGCUCAGAUGACGACAAUUAAGAAUCAGCGAAACUGCCCUUCUGAAGGGCAGCGAGAGUCUGGAUACACAGAUGGGACUGCACAACUUCUAACUUCAGGAUGUUCGUUUCCAACACAAUCUGUAUCUACAACACCAAAUAUGAUUGAACCUCAAACAGUCUCAACCAAUCCAACAUCAAACGCAUCGCCACCUAGAACCGCAGGUCCUGUCAAACCAUUACUCGGAUGCCAGGAGGCAUCUACACAUCAGAGUCUUGUGGAUUCUCAUUUUUCAUCUACAAUAUCUUGUCUAGAAAGCGCCCAAUCUCCAGCCUUCAGCCAACACAUAAAUCAGGAUCAACCUCUGAUCGCAGACAGAAAUCAGAGUCUACAACAAUAUGUGAUGCCAUCUGAAAACUACUGUCUAACUGAAACGAGGACAAUCGCUGUCGUAAGACCACCAAGACAGUGGAGCCCCAUUAGAUUUGCUUUCCAGAAUGACACUUUGCAUGCUAGUGAAGAACAUGGGAAUAAUGUCAUGCAUUCAUUUGGAGUCAGCUAUGAAACACAUCCUCUGCAUCUGGCCCAAACCCCGCCAUAUGAAGCCCAGUGGCAAACACCAGCAUACCAGAGCAACAUGGUACCAGAGAUAACCCAGAGUCUAACAAGCAGGCAUAGAUUUUUCAUAAAUGAAAGCUCAUCUGAUAGUCCAGAGCCUGCCAGGAAUGUGCCGAUUACCAGUGUUAUCAAUCUCGUCAGAGCCCAGACGCUAACAAAAGCAUUGGAACCGGCUGCAACGCACGAUUCAAAUCCGUGGAAGCAUGAGGCGAAUCCAAAGAAACCAAUCGUCAACCGGGUAGCAUGUGUGGAUGCUCAAUCAGACAACUUUGAAGAAGGGGAUGUCUUUCUGUUCUCACAAAACCCUAUUGCCCAGUCCCCUCUUGCUCAGACCCAAAGCUCUUCUGAUCCCAAAGUUGAGUCCCUUGAGGAUUUUCUAGAAAACUACAAGGGUCGAAAGCCUCUUGUCGGUCUACAAGCUGUUAUCAAGUGCCAGAGUGUGGACGGGUAUCCACCUCCAUGCUGUUACCUGUGUCAGCUGUGUGCUUUGAAGCUGAAUAAGAAGAACAUAUUCCGCCACUUGACUAGCUUUGACCACCGGCGAAACUACCUAAAAGUUCUCCACCCUCAGCUCCUGCCUAUAAAGCGUAAACACUGCAACACAAAUGAGAUGCUUGAGGAUAUUGCUACUCAGCUUGAGAAAGAGGACGGAAGAGGACAAAUAAAGGUGAUGAGGUUGUCCGCAUGUCUCAUAAGCGAUGUACUGCUCAAGGAUUAUCAGUGGUGUAUGAAUGUGUUGAACUGUGGAGCUGGUGUGGAGUGGAGAUCAGAUCUGCUGUCUUUCAAGGAUAGAACUAACAAAACCACAGGUUCCAGUCAGACUCUUAAACGCCCAGCCGAGUCUCUGCUGCCCCCUUCUGAUAAAUGGCCUAUUAAAGCUCCUGAUGGACCCCCAACUCAUCAGAUGGCCAAAAAAAUGAAGAAUGGCCAUCCUAAGCAUGUCAUGAGCACUAACAAAGUAAAGAACCCUGUGUUUAAGGUAAGCCUGUCUCUGCUGGAGGGACCCGUCGUGAUUGAGAGAACUUCUCUGAGAGACACGGUCACAGUGGCGCCUGAGAUCGAAGGCCAAAGCCGUGCGUCAACAUGUGUGGAUGAUGUGAUGAACACACAUCCUGAGGGGCGCCCACACACAAUACACUGCGAGAAUACACAGCAGUAUCCUGAAGGAGAUUUACUCGCUCAGAUGGACAUUCCCACGCACACGGAGGUGGUCUCACACACAGACAGCCGUAUGUUUGAGGAUCAGUCCAUGAAUCCGGCUCAAUAUGCGUACUCAGGGCAGUUUGACCAAUCUCAAGGCAUUCAAAAGGCUGACCCCUAUAUCAGACCUAAUGACUGUGGUGCGGUGGAGGAGGUGGUCCCCACCACGUAUGCUGAUUGGCCAGGGCAGGACUGGUCCUUCUAUAACAACGAAUGGAUUGCGAUGAGGCAAAACCAGUAUGGAAGUGAUCAUAGUUGGUGUGAAGGUUACAUGCGGUACUGAUGAGAAUGAGUCUUCCAGCUCUUAAGCAUCAGGAACAAAUAAUUUGAGCAUGUUUUUGAGAAGUUUUUGCAUCAGAGUUCAGUCCAAAUUUUCAGCAGAUUUUGUGCCGUUGGUAAAAAAAAAAAAAAAAAAAAAAAAAAAAGACCAUCACUGAAUUGUUAAGCUGUAUUUAGAAAUCUGAAGGGAAAAAAAACACAAAUAAGGCCUUCUACUUCUA